AAGGGCAGCACUUGUGAUGGGUGCUGCAGCACCGCGGCGCUCCGAGCUGCUGUACGCGUACGCAGAUAGCAAUAAUCGUGGCGUUACGCCGGCGCAGCGAUGCCUCGAACGCUGCGACGACGACGGCGAGCGCUGCUGUUAGCAAUCGCUUUGACACAAACAGCAGCCCUGCUGCCAUCACUGCCACCGCGCAGCACAACGCGACAAAGAGCCACGCCCAUCGCCGACGACUUUUGCGUGCUGCCGCCCGACGACGCCGACAUCAGUGCGACGCUCGACGACUUGCUCACGGAGACGCGCGGCUUUGACCUCGCGUUACGAGCGGCACCGAUCGUCGCGCCGGGCUUUGCGUUCAUCGCCUACCCCUACGUCGCUGCAGCAUUUAGAGCGGUCUUCGAACUCGUGAAGAACGCCCCGUAUGUCGAGGUCGACGGCGGCCAGUACGAGAUCAAUAUACUUACCCCUACUCUCAUUGGUAUUGUGAUGCCCUCCCUCUCGAUAUCGUUCGGUACGCUCGUGGCCACGACCGUGAAUACGUUGAGGCAGCGGCAGCUGGAUCUGCGCGUGUUGCUGAACCAGGAGCUCUCGGCGGUGCAGCUGUUAAGGGUCGGGCUCGACGCGAAUUUUCGGGGAGCCACGACGAUGAACGCGCGCGAGGCCGACGCGCGCGCGGCGUUGUUGCUGGAAGGAUAUGUGGCGCGGGUGAUCCAGGAGUCGAGCGGGCGGUCGUGCGCUGCCUGUGUCCGUCUCGCGUCUUUGUUUGCGCCGUCUCGCCCCUGACAUCUACACCACCGCCGCGCCGUCGACGCGGGCUGCGAGAGAGCCGCGGCGGUUAUCCUGAGAAUAUUUGCGGAGGCCUUCGUGAACCUCCACGCUAUCGAGCAGAUGCAGUUACCAUGUCGCGUCGCAGGUCCGAGGAGAGCGUCUCCGUCCCGAACAACGAGCUCGGCGCGCUCUCCUCCCUCUUGUCGGAGACCGCCGCCGACGCGUCGUCGACCUACCAGAACAACCUGCACGCGCUCGUCGCCACGUUAUCUGAAAGGCGAUCAGCGCGCCUGGCCCACCUCGCGACGACGUAUCCCGCCGUCCACUACGCGGUCCUGACGGCCAUCGCCGCGUCGAUCGUGCUCGCGUAUCUCGUCGAGACGGACCAGGAGGUCUUGCAGUUUUUAUCGUCACUCCAACUGCGGCUGUUAUUCACGAUCCUCAUCGGCGUGUUCUCGGGCGUCGGGUCCGUGGUCACGGACAUCGCGGACCCGUUCCGCGGGGCGUACCGGAUCACGUCGACCGUCGCCCAGUUCUUUCCGCUGCGGGAGGCGCUGAUCUGCGACGUCGCGUGCAAGCGGACGGCCCUCGACGACCCCGAGUGGCCGCCUGGUUCUGAACACAUCUAGUUCUUUCUCCCGCUGAGAGUUUGUUUAAUAUGGUUUAUUAUUAA